CUGUGUGUUUGUGUGUGUGUGUGGAGAGAGAGAGAGAGAGAGAGGAGCAGCCAUCGCCUCCAUCGUGAUCGUGAAUCGGAUUCAAUUUGUUAUCUGUGAGAAUCUGAGUGAAGGUUCCAUCGUGGCCGUCCAUUAACGAUGAUGAUGACGACGACGAUGAGGAGGAUGAGGAUGAUGGAGCGGGCUGUCGGUGGUGCUAAGAGCGAGCGCAGGUCGUUGUUGUUGGUGAGCUUGGCUAUGGCGGUCGUUCUCUUCGGCACACUUGUCCUCAGCGCGGAGGAAGACGAUGGCGGCAGCACGGCCAAGCUCCUUGGUGACCCUGGCUAUGGCCGCCCAGGGCCAUACCCCAUCUCUCGAGUGCUCAAGCGCAACUUCAGUGUGCCCAAUGCGACGACGGGAUGCCGGCAGGGAUCGACUGACCUCUGCCCUCAAACGGUUAACCUCUUCUUCCCCACCGUCGCGAAGCUAAGUCGCAGUCCCGAUCGUUCCCAUUGUGGGGAUCUCAACCGAGUAGCAGGGGAAGGGGUGGGAGAGUCGGCGUUCCGUGGACUUUCGCUGCUCUGCGAUGAUGGGGAGAGAGAGGAGCGAGAGGAGAGAGAGGAUGGAGAAGGAGGAGAGGUACUUGGAGAAGCAGCUGCUGCUGCUGCUGCUGCUGCUGGUGCUGGUGCUGGUGCUUGUGCUGAUGCUGGUGCUGCUGCCGCCAUAGCUGCUGCUGCUGCUACCUCAGGCUUUCCUCUGGCCAUCUUCAGUCCUGGCUUCAUGCUGAGCGCCGACUUGUACUUUGGCUAUGGAGAAAUCCUCGCGUCUUGGGGAUACGUAGUCGUCGUCUGGGAGCCAAACACUGAAAGUGUCUUGAAUUAUCUGACACACAGGCUGCCUUUGCUGCUGCUCGUCGCUCUGCUGCUGCUCAUCGUUGUCGUCUUCCACAUUUGUUUCCUCGGUCGCGUUCCUGGAAGGAAACAGACGCGUCGAAUGCCGAAGAGAUCGACGAAGAUGGAUAAGCUUCAGACGAAGACGACGAUGUCGGUGGGAGGUGGGGGGUCCUCGCGUCAACGUUGCAACAGUGCGGAAGGCGGUAGGCGGCCGUACGACCCGACGCUGUACAGCCACCUGCCGUCCCACGAGAUUCCAUUGCCUCCGAGUGACGACGACGUCGACGACCCCAGAUCCUCAACGGUUCCUCUGGGCAGCGGUUCGACGCAGGAUUGGAUGGGGAGCCAGGUGUACAGACACGCAUCGACGCCGACGUACAUUGGUUUGCUGGAGGGCCGGACCCCCGCUGGUUACGACGCUGGACUCGUCGAUCUGAGCUUCGGUCUGAGGUCUGGGAGUGGCGAGGGUCUGCCGCACACUGUUGUCGUGAACCCGGCUUCUGCCUCCAAACACACAUCACCUUCCGUGAGGGCGGCAGGCCCUGCGGAUAGCCAUGGAUUCGUUUCGCCGAGGCGGGUGGCUUUGAGUACAGCAAGUGUGGCCGCGUCGAGGACGAAGACAGCUGGAUUGGCAGGCUGCCGAACGACGACGCUAGGCGGUGCAAUCGACGGAGAAGGGGACGACGACGAGCGCGACGCUACGAAGGUCGUCGGUCGUCAGUUUUGGGAUGAUGAACGACAACGAUUGCGUUCCACGAACACGGUCGGCAUAACGAGAGGGGUGGUGAGAAUCAGUGUGGGGGCCGAAAACGAAUUUGAGGACUGCGGUGGUGGAGGGGGCGAGGAGAUCACUGCAGACGACGGCCGUGAUGACAACAACGAAGACGACGACGGCGAGAUGGAGAUUUGUCCAGUAGGGAGGAAGCGUGGAGGGUCGACGACGAGAACCAAGGUUAGAGAAUCGUGCAAGGGGGGGAAAGGCAAGAAGUGCGGCGAAGAAUCGUGGGCAGGCAACGGAACAAAAAGCAGGGAUUUUUGGACAGUGGAGCAUAUGAUCGCUCUUAUCAUAGCCAAAAGAGACCAGGAUUCGCAUCUGGCCGGCCUAGGGCACAACUACGGACGAAUGAAGACGAAGACAUGGAAGUGGGAGGACGUGGAGAAGAGGCUGGUGCAGAUGGGGGUGACGAGUAGGAAGGCCGUCGACUGCGGAAAGAAAUGGGACAACCUGUACCAGCAGUUCAAAUCCGUGCACAAGUUCAUGGGAGAGUCCGGGAAGCCUAACUUCUUCACACUAACGCCGGGGGAGAGGAGGGAGCGGGGGUUCGACUUUAGGAUGGAUGAGCGCGUGUAUUCAGAGAUGAAGGCGAUGUCCGGGGGCGAUCACACUAUACACCCCACGAAUCUCGCGGACACGGGUGCGCCGGGAGGUGUUCAAUUGUCUGGCGCGGUUGGUGGGCGAAACAAAUCCGGCGGUAGUGACGUAGGGGGGGGGGGGUCAGGACGACGAUCAAGGAUCGACGAGGGAUUCGUCGUUCUCCGGCGGUGGCGGUGGCGGGGCCGGCAAUCGAAAGAAUGUCAGACAGAAGACCUUCGAGGCGAUGGCGGACGUCAUGAAGGAGCACGGGGCGCUGAUGUCGACGACGGUGGACAGCGUGAGCAAGAGGCAGUGCUCAAUUCUGACGAGGCAAUGCGACAUUCUGGAGAGAGAGAUUCAAGAAAGGCGAAAAGGAACAGCGGAUCAGGCGACGCUGGGGAGACCCAAAAAGGUAGAGGGCACGUGCCGAAGUCGAAAAGGCCGCGCUACGAUGACGACAACUUCGAACAUAGUGGGGAUUUGCACGUCGAGGAAGAGUCGAUGGUGGAUGCACAAGGGGCUAACGUCAUGAAGCGAAUGGGGUUUGGGCGGGACGGGGUGUCGAGGGAGCAGCUGGCCGCUCUGAAGCAAGGCUUCGUCGGUGGUGUCGCCGUCUCGUUGGCACGGAACCCGAAGGCGGCAGGGAUUGUCAUGACGGACGCGCGCGUGGAGAGACAAGUUCCGCCGAAGGUCGGGCAGGUGGCGGCACGUCCGCCAAUCCCCGCGCUACAGGCGGGGACUUCUGGGGUGGACAAAACAUCAUCCGCGCAAAAGGUCGACACGACGGCGGGCGGUGGUCGGAUGGCGGCGGCGGAUAACACCACCGGGAGCGGAGUCGCGGAGGCUGCGGAAGAGGGGAGGGUCGAUGACGUAUCUGCAUGUGCGCUGCUUGCUGGGGCGCACACGGGCGCUAUGAGGAAUCGGGCUUUGGUUGCCAUUGCACUUAUUGAUUGGGCUUUCAAUCAGUCACAAAAUGUGACGAGCUCUCCUAUUUACCAGAAAAUAGACCCAAGCAAAGGUGUAUUUGCGGCCGGACACUCCGCGGGUGGGAAGACCUCUGCGUUGGCUGCACAAUUCGACAAAGCCCAGCGAAUUCUCGGUGUUGUCGGUGUGGAUCCCGUUGAUUGCAGUCCACCUUUUCAGAGCUGCGCUCCUGCGGAAUGUAAUUAUCAGAAGUUUUACACCGCUGAUCGCGUACCUUCCUGGCAGGUGCUGAUCUUGAAGAGCGGCCACAUGUCAUUCUGCAACGGAACUGUAGGCCUUCCCGGCUUAGCGUGCAAGAAAGGGACAGUGUCAGUGAAAGUCGCGAUAGAACUCUCCUCGACGGUUCUUGUUGCGCUGGCGGAGGCGUCCAUCCGCAAUGCAGACAUCAAGCAGUUCAUGAAAGACUGGUGUACAUCACAAUCCUUGCAAGUAACAUGUCUUUCAAAAUAAGAGAUGGCAAGCCAAAGGGGUGGAGAUAUGAGGAUCUGUUUUCUGAACUUGGUCACACACACGGGGUUCAUUCAUUGCCUGCUGGACGUUGUGCCCUCUGGAAGAGCGUUGUUAACCUACAGUAGCUCGGUUGUCCAUCACACCCAGCAGACUCCGCUUGGCAUGCCGGCCUCAGUUCAUUUCCAAGUGAGGAGAUAAUGUACCUGCUCACAACUUCAGAACAAGUUCAGUGCUGUCUUCGGACACCAAAAGAGCGACAGAGCUUCUGACGAAACUCUGGGUCCAUCAUGGAGGAGGUGGAUGUCCAGGUACAUUUCUCCACCGCAGUCCAAGUACACUCCAGCACAAGCGGAGUCCGAGGAGGAAUGCUUCCCAGGAUGUCCCAGACAGGCACAGCAAGCGAGUGAGCGAGUGAG